UGUGAUCAGCCAGUUGAAGAAACAAGAACAACUAGCAAAACGUCUCAUGAUGGAAUGUCCAGAGAAGAAUAUGAGGAGUAUCAGAAGCAGAUGGUGGAGGAAAAGAUGGAGAGAGAUGCAGAAUAUGCUAUAAGAAAGGCAGAAAGGGCUUGUCUGAGGACUUGUUUAAGAGAAAAAUAUCGAAUUCCAAAGGUCGGAGAUGACAUUGACGUGCCAGAAGAACUGAUCAAGAUGGUGGAUGGAGAGGCGCCACAGGAGGAGGAAAAGGAGUCCAUCAUAGGUCAAAUGCAGAACCUUCAGAACAUGGAUAUGGGGCAGCUCAAAGAAAAGGCCCAGGCCACAUUUGUGGAGAUGAAAUCCAAGGCUGAGGAGAAGUGCACUCUUACGUAACGUGUAGAGGAAGUCAAAGUCAUCUAGUUGUCUAACGUCUUGAUGACAAGCAUUUGCUUAUGCAGUGAAACGAUUAAGUUUCCAUUUCCUGAGAAAUAUUGAUCACACAAGAGAUGAAUGUCAUUGUGCAGAAAUUUAUUCCGAGUUCUUUUGUUUGGUUUCUUGUUUUUCUUUUUAAUCAAUUGUUUGUUUUUAUUGAUUUAUUUUUUUUAUCAAAUUGUGACUGACCUUCUCAUUGAGUAAUCUUACAUUACAAAGUCAGAGUUAUGACCAAUAUCUACAUACUAAAAGAUAAUCAUGACAUUUGAUUCAUGCACUUUUUGUUUAAAAAUAAAGA